GAACACGAUUCUCCUGCAGCCUCGAGACAGCGCACUUGCAAAUGGGGCGGUCGUAAGCCGGGUGGAACAUCUCAAAGAGGGGCCCGAUACGCCUCGACAACACGAGUUCCUGCGCGUCCACGUGCUCCACGAGGCCACGGGCGAGCAGACUAUUUUGAUCGUCGAUCGCGAGUUUCGGAAUCGCCCGGACGAGGAUCGCCGUGCGUACGAGCCCGAGAGCCCGGGGAGCGGGAAGCGGUCCUCGCUGGAUUCCAGGCUGACGAUGUCGCCGAUCGCGGAGAGUUACGCGGAGGUCCGUGGAUGUGGUUUUCUUUUGAUCCGGGAACGGGAAGCGUCUGAGCGGUUCGCAGGAUACUAGGGGCACGGGCAAACGAGAUGUGCCGGAGGAGCGGGGCCGCAGUCUCGCCAUAUACCUGGACGCGGGCUACACCGUGACGUGCCGGUCCCCGUUCGCGUCGACCCACUGCGCGCUCGACUGGGUGCACCGCGGCGUCGCCGAUAUCGAGCGACGCAGGGGCGCGGGCGGGAAGCGGCUCCAGAGCGUGGUGUUCCCCGAGCGCAGCCGCCCGUCGGUGGUCCGGUUCGCACUGCUGCUUGGGGCGGUGUCGGGCUUUGCGCCGCGGUAUCAUAUCGGGGAGUAUCAGUGCCAGUGGUUCGUCCGAGCUGUGAUUGAUGCGAUGCGGGUCGAGUUCAAGGGACAGUGUCAGGCUGGGAUCGACGUUGAGGAUAUGGGGGCUUGGAAGGGCGGACGCUUCAGGUAUGUUGAUCCGUCGCAUUCAGUCCUGGGGGAGUACAAGAGGCAGAUGGAUGCAUAUACCGCGGCCUUCAAGGAGAUGCAGCAGCAGCGGAAUGGUCAGUCAAGGGACGUAGAUAAAUAGUCAGACGUGUAUGUUUGGACGCUUGAGGACUUGAACCGAGCCGCGCAUGUCUCACUGAUUCCACUUUGGGUUCUCAACGCCGGAGCCGCUGAAAAAAAGAUGGUGUCGUUGAGUCAUCCUGCGGAGACACCAGUUUCCAAUUCUUUCAGUUUCUUCCCCAACACGACCGGUCGGGCGAGCCCGAC